AUGGACAACCCCAUAGUUUCUGCAUCGUGGCCUAUCACGGAAUUCGAAUAUGAUGCCGAAGACAUUUCCCGCAUCAUGCAAACCAUUGGCUAUUCACGAUUCAGUGCGCAGUAUCUUCCUGGCGCGAUCCACCGCCCAAUCGCAUACCCCCCUACCGUGCUCGACUCGCUGGGACCAUUCCCCGAUUCCAACAGUGGUCCCCGUCCUCGUGGCCUCUUCGAUCGUGAUCGGCGACUCAUUAGCCGUGUUCUUCCAUGGUGCGACGUGCAGUCCCUCUUCAAUCUUCGACAAACGAACUUUCGGCUACGCAAGAUCAUAAGCAGGCACACCAUAUACAGGCACAUUAUCAAAGCCCUUCCUCUAUACCACGCAAUCCUCAACACAAGAUAUGCGCAACAAGUGCUGGUCAUGGACUUUUGGACCCUUCUCGCCACAGAGUCAUGUGAGAUCUGUGGUCACUUUGCCAUGCUCAUCAGCAUCCCUGAGUGGUUGCGACUUUGCCAGGGUUGCGUUGAGCGUGGUAACCGACUGGGUGCCGGCCUAGACCCUGAGCUGAAAGCUUCCAGAUUUGUCCGAUUGAGCACUGUCGAAGCCACGUGGCUGGGUCCAGAAACAGAGAUCCCUCCUAAGUUCCGGGACAAGGACUUAGGCGUCGGCUUGAAAGGCUAG